AAUAAACAGAAAAAAGAUCAAGAACCCCUAAAACCUAAUUUUCUCAUCGGAAAUCCCAAAUUCUCUCUCAAUCUCAGCUUUUCCUGUCCUAUUAAUCCUUUCUCCGUCUCGGCCUCCCUCGCUUCUAAGGACCAAGUAGUAGAAUGGCACUUGAGAAGGAUUCAGAGGUAGCAGAAUUGACAGAGUCUGGCAAAAAUAUUGAGCAAGAUUUGGUGGAACAAAUCCUAUCAACUCUGCCUCCCAAAUCUCUUAUGCGAUUCAAAUGCGUCUCUAAAUGGUGGUACCAUCUCAUCACCAGUCCCAGGUUCGUAGCCAAGCACCUCUCCAUUUCCAAACACAACAGACCCUCAACUUGUGCUCUUAUAAAGCGUUUAGUCUGCAAUGACGCAGAAGCUCAAGAGCCUGAAAUGGUUUUCUCAUUGCUUAACUUUUCCUAUGAAAAUGAUAAUAACGCAGCUGGUGCGCUUAGCACUAAUCUUUCUAGUGUGGAAGACCUCACAAUCCCUACAAGGGUAGUCGAAUCACUUCGUAUUAUAGGCCAUUGUGAUGGGAUUGUUUGUCUAGCUUUAAUCGAUUAUCAGCAGAGGCUAGCUAAACCUAGUCAAGUGUGUCUAUGCAAUCCUGCAAUUCAGCAAUUUAAAUUUCUUCCCGAGGAGCCAUUCCUUCCAGAUUGGUCCAAGGUACCACACAGCCGUAUGGUCCAAGAAUUUGCUUACCUGCGUCCAAUAUCUCUACUCAAUGGUGAAACCAUGGGGUUUGGCUAUGAUCCUAAAUCUAAAGAUUACAAGGUUAUUGACAUUGGAUUUUCUGAUUCCAAAUUUUAUGGUGAUCCAGAAUGUUAUGGUGGACAUGUGAUUGUUUAUCCCCCAAAAGCAGUAGUAUACACCCUGCAAACUGAUUCUUGGAGAGAGAUCAAGACUUUUUCUUUGGAAAGGGAAACCAGUUACCUUUGGCCUGAUACGUUCCAGCUAUACUUGAAGGGUGUUUGUUAUUGGUUGGGAUAUGAGCAACAAAAGGAAUUCUUAUGUCUAUUUCAGACUCACCAAGAAGAGGAAGAACGCAUUGCCCGAGCGAUCAUUUCGUUUGAUACUAGUGAUGAGGUUUUUCAUGAUAUAAUGUUACCGUAUGGGCUACUGGAAUUUUACGGUUUUGAUAAUUUCCUUACAUUGCAUCUUACGGAAUGGAAUGAGUCUGUUGCUCUUUUCAGCUUGCUUUUUGAGGACGAGCACAAAGCUACAAUGUGGGUGAUGGAUGCCAAAGGUGCUUGGACAAAGCAAUUAACUUUUGAAUAUGUAGACUACUUUCCUUACAGCUUACCUCAAAAGAUAUUGGCAUUUUGGAAGAGCAACGAAAUUUUUGGGGUUGGAGAAAAUGGAUCUAUUGUCUGCUAUAACCUCAAUACCAAAAUUGUCAAGCAUCUUCCGAUUCGAAGUGUUCCAGAUUAUUUUCCACCCUCUAGACACACUUUCUAUCCUUUUUGUGGUAUUGCUUAUGUGAAUAGUGUCUUACCAAUCAUGAAUCAUGUCAGAGAGCACAUUUGAUUUGAUUUGAACUGUAACGGCUAGUACUCCGGGAAGUUUUAGAUGUUUCAUUUGGGAUGUUUAAGUUGAGGCAAGCAGGUUGAUCGCAUUGUAUGUGUUCUCUCUGUAUAAUGUUUUUGCUACCCAAUCAUAAUUGUGGUGGUUUUGCCACAUUUUCCCAUUUGACUGUUAAAUAUGAAGUCUUGUAGUGAUGUUAUAGAGAAACAUAACCUUCUUUUUUUUCUUUCGUAAAAUUAUUAGCUCAUUAUCUUUUGAGAAAAACAAGAUUUUGAUUUUCAGAGAAAUUCACAACCCAGAAAAAUUCAGAGAAUUUUUAGUACUAAUGACACAGAAGAAGAACCCAGCAGCAGAAAAUGCUACGAUGGAGAUAGAGAGCAGCAAGCCCUCAGGAAUGGGCUUGUGGCUGGUGGGCUUAGUCCUCUGAAUGAGACUCUAUGGUGGGAGAAGGCCAUUGUGGAAAUUGUAGGGGAUGUGUCGGCGAGGCUGACGUGGAACGAUCUGACAGGGAUGGUGACUCUGAGCAACGAUGAGAUUCAGACGGCUUUGGAGGGUUUAACUGGUUAUGCAGAGACUGAAAGCUUCACAGCUUUGAUGGGCCCUUCUGGUUCCGGCAAAUCAACCUUGCUUGAGGCUCUCUCUAGCCGUUUGGCUUCCAAUGCCUUCCAUCUGGCUCUGUUUUACUCUAACGGACGCAAAAGAAAGCUCUCUUUCGGCACAGCUUGCUUCAGCAUUUUUCAUAACACAGGAGAUAUCUUCAAUUCACAAGCCAAACAGUGAAGUCUUUGAACUACUUGAUCAACUCUACUUGCUUCCUGGUGGCAACACAGUUUACUUUGGUCAGGCCUCUGAGGCAUAUGAGGAGUUGGGCCACAUUUGAGCCUCCUUUAUGGGUAUCUGACAUAAGAAGAGAAGAAAAUUGCUAAAGAAAAAGUCAAUAUUCUGGAUGAAAGCAUUACUAGCAUGAGCUUCCCCACAACUCGACUUGCACCGUACAAAAUUGACUACAAAGAUACAACUCUCAAAUUCUGGGAAAAGAUUGCUGAAUACCCCCUCCUAUUCGACUGAUACGUGGAUUUAGUACAUGGCUAUGCUAUUAUUAUAGCAUCUGUUGUAAUAUAAUACUCCUACAGUCAGGGUCUCUCAUUUGAUCAUGAAUACGACACUCCGUCUUUAGAUUCAAUGUUCUCCUUGUUCUUUUCCUGGAGUCCAUUAAAUCUGAUACUAUUUUUCUUUGAAUCCAGAUGGGUCAGUACCAAGGUAUCAAACUAUGUUACUAGCUCAAGGGUUCAGUCAACAACAGGGACUUGGAUGACACAUUCAGUCCUAUUGUAAGACCUACCACAGUAAGGUUGGUUCUGGCUCUUGCAGCUACAAAUGUUUGGAAACUACUAAGGCCUCUUGAUGUGAGAA